CUAACAGCCAACUGUAGCAAGCUUACUUGUCUGGAGAGCAUGGACAUAACAGGAUGUUUUUGUCUUGUCUCCUGACUUCCCGAGGCUCAGGCCUCAGGAGACCGCACAGAAGAGGCUUUGGCCACAUUUGGAGAUCACUGGUCUCACUUCGUCCUGGACACCUGUGGCCAUUUUCACUGAAUCGAAAGGAUAGUGCAUCGAGCCAAAGCCUGGAAGUGCGUGGCUGUUUGGAAAUCCUCUUCGAGGAUGCACGCAGGAGCAUGGUAAAUGACCUAGUGCCUUCUGUGCUUCGUGGGGACAUUUGGUUCCUCCACAAGUUUUUCCAAAGCUACAGAUCAGUUGGAACCACACAGGAGGUGCUGGAGCUGCUGCUGAAAAGAUGUGACACCCUCAUGAAGUCCUCCCGACACAGCCACAUCCUGGCCUGCUUUGGCAAAGGUGGUGAACGCCAGGGCCAGCUAAGAAAUGCCAUCUCCACCAUCCUGGGCUCCUGGCUGGACACCUAUCACCAGGACUUCCAUGAGCCUCCGAACUUCCCAUGCCUGAAGCAGCUGAUGGAGUUUGUGCAGCUGCAUUUCCCUGGCUCAGACCUGGAGCACCAUGCCCACAUUCUCCUGGCCCAGCUGCAGGACCUGGUUCCUACAGAGACUGAGUCAGAGAGUGAGGAAGGCUGGGGGUGGGGAGAGCACAUCAGAGCACAUGAGGAAGUUCUGUCAUCACUUCUGGAGGAGGAGUCAGCUGUGUCACAGACUCUGGAGAUGGAGUCAGACCCAGUGCCACCUGCAUCAGCAGAGCCACCGGAGACUUCAUCUGUGGUGACAGCAAACAAGGUCUACAGUGAGAGUCACGUCCCCUCUUCCCAUGGGGACUGCAGGACAACAGCUCUGGACGGGGCCCAGAUCAAGGAGCAGGUCCCUCAAGUUGGGCCUCUCUACAACCAGCAGGUGGGUGACUCCUGCAUCAUCAGGGUCAGCGUGGAGAAAGCCAACGGAAACAUGUAUAAGAGUAUUCUGGUGACCUGCAAUGAUCGGACUUCCACUGUCAUCCGGAAGGCUAUGGAGAAGCACUUCAUAGAUGAUGACCCUAAAUAUUAUGAGCUUCUGCAGACUGUUUCUGACAGAGAGAUGAUAAAGAUCCCCGAAGACAGCAAUAUCUUUUAUGCCAUGAAGUCCAACGGCCUGUAUAACUUCAUCCUAAAACAGCGGACAUUCCUCAGCUGGCUGGAUGUCAGUUAUGGAGCCUUGCCCAUCCUUCGUCACUGGAAGGAAAGAGGACUUAAAGCUUUUUAAAGGCAC